AUGAUGGCGGACGCGGGUCUGAUCCAGACCAGCCUGAUCUGGGUCGCCUAUGUCUGCGCCAUUGCCUUUUGCCUCGUCGCGGCCAUCAUCACCACCUUUACCUGGCAGACGCCGCGCGAGCGCUCCGCCGUCGUCAGCUUCGUCGCCAUCAUCAGCCUGACGGCGCUGCUCGCCACGGUCCUCCUGCUCCCCGUCGACAUUGCCCUCGUCUCGGCGACCUCGUCAGCCCGCCUCGGCCUCAAGAAGCACUGGGCCACGCCGGAGCGCGUCGCCGACAUCCUCCUCUCGCUCAAGGUCCUCUACUACACGCUCUACAGCUUCGACGCGCUGCUGUGCCUGCUGCUCAUCCCGUUUGCCUACUUCUGGUACGAAGAGUACGACGAGAUUGAGUUUGAGGAGGAGGGCCGCACCUGGCGCUCGCGCCUCUGGGCCGCCGCCAAGUACACGCUCUUCUUCGUCGCCCUCGUCGUCGCCCUCUUCCUCAUCGGCUUCUUCGUGCCCGCGGCCGGCAGCGCCGACCCCGGCAAGGACUGGAGCAAGCCCGGGUCCUACUACCGCGAGCUGCUGGCCUCGCAGAACAAUGGCGAAAAGGCGCUCACCUUUGCGCUCGGCCUGCUCGUCACGCUUGGCACCCUCCUCUACGUCGUCUACACCAGCGCCGGCCUCGCCCUCAUGCCCAUCUCCUUCAUCAAGUCGGCGCCCGCCAUAUCCGCGCCGCAGCUCUCCGCCACCACGGCCUCGCAGCUCGAGCAGAACCGCGAGCGCCAGCGCCAGCUCGAGAUGCGCUACACCGGCCGCAACGACAGCAGCAUGACGCGCAAGGACCGCCGCGAGCUCGACGCCCUCGUCCGCGAGGAACAGACGCUCGUGCGGCGUGUGCGCCUCGCCGCCGAGGCCCAGGGCGAGGGCCACAGCCGCCUCUACCACGCCUGGCUCCAGGUCUGCGCCUUUUUCCGGCCCGUCAAGAUGAUUGGCGGCAUCCUGCUUCUCCUCUUGUCCGUCCUCGUCGCCGUCUCGAUGCUCAUCACCGGUAUCGACAAGGCCACCCACUCGGUGUGCAAGCAGCGCUGCGGCUACGUCCUCGGCCAUGUCCGCGUCUUCCAGCCCAUCAACUGGAUCUUUCUCCAGACGGCGCGCGUCUUCCCCGUCGACUACGUCCUCAUGGCCCUGCUCGUCCUGCACCUCUUCAGCGCCUCCAUCUCGGGCAUAGCCACCGUCGGCAUCCGCUUCCUCUGGAUCCGCAUCUUCCAGAUCCGCCGUGGCCGCACCGCGCCCCAGGCCCUGCUCAUCGCCACCGUCAUGCUCGGCCUCAUCACCCUCGCCAUCAACUACGCCGUCGCCAUGUUCGUCGCCCCCCAGUACGCCGCCUUUGGCACCCAGACUUUCUGCAGCCUCGAGCCCGCCCACCCGGGCCAGCCGCCCGACUGCCGCGCCAGCCCGGACAAGGUGCUCCCCUGCUCCCAGUCGGCCAAGUACCCCUAUGCCGCCCGCGCGUGCACGCCCUCGGUCAUGUCGACCUUUCUCAACCGCAUCACCAUGACGUGGCCGUUCUUCGGCAUCGUCACCUUUUGGGGCCAGUUUGCCUUUCUCGCCAUCUUCCUCGUGGUGCUCGUCACAGCCAUCUUCCGCACCCCACGCGUCAACCUGGCCGAGCUGGACGAGGACGCCGAGGAGGACGAGGAGGAGAGCCUGCUGGCGGCCACUGGCCGACGCUUCGCCGCGAGCUGGGAGGAUGCGCGCAACAAUCCCAGCAGCAACAGUAACAAUAACAACAACGGCAACAAUAAUAGCCGCAACUAUGGCACGUCGCAUGCCUAA